GCAGCUCGCAGCCCCAGAGAGCAGACUGCCUGCUGCUGUGCUGACUGAAAACUGUGACACACAAAGCGAGGAAAGUGUGGAUUCCAGAGGCCAAGGGCCUGUGCAUUGGCCUGUGCCUUUUUCUCUGGCCCGGGCAGAAAGGAACAGCUCAGUCAGCAGGAAAGAUAAUCCACCCCCCACCCUCCCACAGCCACAGGACCUCAUGCGGCGUCAAACCAUUUGUGAGCAGUGACAGAGCCAGAUUGGGCCAAAAGGAUAUGAGUGGGAAACUUCAAAACCUGCUCAUAUUUCUAUGGACGUGAAAGGAUUUGUAUAACACAUUCAGAUUUGAUGGACUUUCCCAUGUUUGCCCUGGACAGCCGUUUUUUGUUGGCAUGUUCAAAUAAUGAAUCUCUUAUGUGUAGGGUCCCUUUUUCCCCUCUGCCACAAGCUCCUGUUUCCAGUUGUCAGGUAGGGAUGCUGUGCAGGUCUUUCCAUCGUCUGUCCCAAGCUUAUGGAGAACCGCUGACUCGCUGGCUUCCAGGAACCAGGGUGCUGAAAUGGAAAAUAUAUUUUUUAUUCUUUUAAUGUUUAGCAAGAGUCUUUUUGCUGGAGCUCAGUUUAACGGAUACAACUGUGAUGCCAACUUUCACAGCCGAUUCCCCGCGGAGAGGGACAUCAGCGUGUACUGCGGGGUGCAGACCAUCACCCUCAAAGUCAACUUCUGCCCGGUUCUCUUCUCUGGCUACACGGAUUCUGACCUGGCCCUCAAUGGUCGCCAUGGAGACGCGCACUGUCGAGGAUUUAUUAACAACAACACCUUUCCCUCUGUGGUGAUUUUUAGCAUCAGUCUGGCAACGCUGGAGUCCUGUGGAAACUCUCUGGUGGUGUCCACUGCUCAAGGACCCAACGCUUACGGGAACCUGUCUCUUGUGCAGAUUGGAAACAUAUCUGGAUUUAUCGACACACCCGACCCUCCGAAUAUAAUCAGCUACCUGCCAAGUUUGCUGUACAAGUUUAGCUGCAGUUACCCUCUGGAAUACCUGGUCAACAACACGCAGCUCGCCUCGUCGGCAGCUGCAAUCUCAGUAAAGGAAAGCAACGGUACUUUCAUCAGCACGCUGAACCUGCUGCUUUACAACGACUCAUCGUAUGUCCAGCAGCUGUCCAUCCCAAUGGCAGGGCUGACCCUGAAGACAAGGGUGUUUGCAGCUGUGAAAGCCACUAAUUUGGACAGGAGAUGGAACGUUCUAAUGGAUUACUGCUACACAACACCUUCUGGAAACCCCAACGAUGAGCUCCGCUAUGACCUCUUUUUUAGCUGUGAAAAAGACCCCCAGACCACAGUCUUUGAGAAUGGGAAAAGUCAAAUGGGCCGGUUUGCCUUCGAAGUAUUUCGUUUUAUAAAGCACAAGAACCAAAGGAUGUCCACCGUCUUCCUGCACUGUGUUACCAAGCUGUGUCGGGCAGAUGACUGUCCGAUGCUCAUUCCAAUCUGUGGCAGCAGGAAAAAGAGGGAUGCUGCUGAUGGAAAAGAGUCAACCCCUUCAUCUGGGAAUGCUGUUCUGACAGCAGGACCUAUCAUCACACGGAGUGAAGAAACACCAACCAACAACUCUCACCUGGCAAACCUUAAAGCUCCAGUGUUCCAGAUAAACACUGUGACAAGCUUGCUCAUCUCAGGAGUAAUCAUUCUGGGCAUCCUAAGCGCUUGCUUCCUCAUCUUAUCCCUCACCCUCCUCAAAGGCAAGAACACUCCGGUCAUCAGUGGUGCUGGAGUCCGCAACCCGACUUUUAACUAAAGGCCUGAAUCUGAGCCCCAUUGGGCCCUGCUCAUCUGAUGAGGCUGAGCAUGGAGCAAAGAACAGCACAGACUUUACCCAUGUGUGAGAGUAGUCACUGUACUGGUGGAUACAGGUGUCUGUUUAGAAAACUCUAAAAUGUGGCUUAGUGUAGAGGUACAGCGGGACUUUUUAUAUGUUGUCUUACACUAUGUGUUUCAAACAGUUGCGUGAUGAAGAAACGUUAAACCACAUAGCAGAAACAUUUAAGAAAUUACUUCUGCUAUGCAGCUUUUCGUAGGAGGUUACAAUACCUGUUAGGAGCCAUAAAACAGUGGGAGUCAUAGAAAGGUCAUUAAAUACUAUUAUACUGGUUUACUUAAUCAUUCAUUUAUGUCCAAAACAUAGAUUAGUCUAAGACUGCACUCUUUGGGUGUAAUGACACAUUAGGACUCAAAAACCCAGUUAAAGUUCAAAAUAAAAUCUUUGAUGAAGUGAGUUAUUAAAAAGGCUCAGGUGUUGAUGUUGUUUUACAUUAAAAAAUAUUACAUUUUUGGAAUAAGUCCUUCUAAUAUUAAUAUAUGUUAGACAAAAGGUUGUUUGCAUAAUCAAAUAGGGUUAAAGUUAUAAAUGUGUGCUCAUUCAUUGAUGUUUUUUUACACUGUGGUAAUAGUAGUAGUUUUUCUGUACAUGUACCCCUAGUAAUAGUACACUUUUUUAUUAAACAGUAAAAUACAUGAAAUGUACAGACUGUGUACACGAUGCAAAGUUGCACUUUCACAAACAAUUAAAACUUACUCCUCAUCCAAAAGGAAAUUUACUAAUUUUGUGUGUAUAAGUAACAAAAACUUUGAACUGUAAGUUUACAAGCUAGUCAGGAAAAAUUACAAACAUAAAAUCUAAAUGAGUGAGUAAAAGUUACUAACAUCACAGUUUGAUUGGUCAGUAACAGGUUACAGUGGCUCCAUCUAGUGGGCAAACUCCACAAUACUAGUUUGAGCUGAAAACAAAUCUUGGUGAGUCUUAACAAUGUUGGUUUUUUUGGCCAGUUCCAUACCGUAAAGUGAACACAAAUGGUGACUAAAAUACAUUUUGUUUUAUAAUAACAUGAUUAAUCCCUAAAGUGGCUUUAAAGUUGAACAAGCUAAUCUGCCAACAAUUGUCAAAAGGGAUCAAGGCAAUGAAGGCCUUCACUGAAAACGCUCUGACUGAAGACAUUCUACGUGUUGUUUUCAUGCAAUAGCCUCAAGAAAAAUAGUUUAGGGUUUCUCUAUAUAUAGUUUCCUGACACAAAGCCAGGAAAUGUAAAGAAAAUUGUGCCCUGUACAGUUAAUAGUUUAGUUGUUUCAACUGAUAAUUGUAAAUAUUAAAAAAUCAUAUUUAAAACAUG